AGAAUUGGCGGGAAGAAUUCUACUCCUCUAUAUAUACCUUCUGCGUCAUUUCUAUCACUAAAAACUUCAAAGCUUAACUUAUUCCUUUCUUCAGUUCCAGGCGUUUCUAUCUCUCCAAAACCCAAAAGAAUCCCCCACAAAAAUGGCGAAGAAAAAGAAAUCUAGGGUUUCCGACGAAUCAACAGCUGAACAAGGCGAAUCGGAACAACAUCAAGAAGACGCCAAGAUGGACGAAGAUGAGGGUUCUUGUUCGCAGACGAACCUUUACGAGGUUCUUGGUGUGGAAAGCACUGCAUCUCAACAGGAAAUUAGAAAGGCGUACCACAAGUUGGCGUUGCGACUCCAUCCUGAUAAGAACCCCGGUGAUAAGGAAGCGAAUGAGAAAUUUCAACAGCUCCAGAAGGUGAUGUCCAUUCUUGGUGAUGAGGAGAAAAGAGCCCUUUAUGAUCAGACCGGAGUUGUCGAUGAUGAUGAUCUUACCGGUGAUCUAGCUCAGAAUUUGCAGAACUUCUUCAGAUCCAUGUACAAAGAGGUCACUGUGGCUGAUAUUGAAAAGUUUGAAGCAAACUACAGGGGAUCUGAUACUGAGAAAAACGAUUUGAUCAACCUCUACAAGAAGUGCAAGGGUAACAUGGCAAGGCUCUUUUGUUCAAUGCUAUGUUCAGACCCUAAGCUGGACUCUCAUCGAUUCAAGGAUAUUCUUGAUGAAGCAAUAGCUGCAGGAGAUCUGAAGGAGUUUAAAUCCUACAAGAAAUGGGCUAAGGAGGUAUCUGAAAUUAAACCACCUACAAGCCCUUUGAAGCGAAGAAAGACGUCUGGAAAAAAGAAGGCAGAUUCUGAUCUAUAUGCAAUGAUAUCUCAGCGACGAAGUGAGAGGAAGGACAAAUUUGAUUCAAUGUUUAGCUCUUUGGUGGAGAAGUACGGGGGGCAAAGUACUUCAGAACCAACAGAGGAAGAGUUUGAAGCUGCACAGAAAAAAUUAGUGAGCAAAGUGUCGUCAAAGAAAUCUCGAAAGAAGUAGCAUGGCAAGUUUGAACCCAAAGAAAAGUUUAGUUUUUGUAAAACAGACGGGGUGUGCAGUUAGUACUGAUUUAUACUUGUUUCUAGUACUGUUUCUGUUAGUGGAACUUGUUAGUAAUGUAUGUUCUUGUUCUA